CAGUUGGUCCGCAAACCUUUUUUCAUUCGGACCAAUGUACAGUCUGACCUGCAGCGACCCCCUUGGAAAUACGGAACCCCUUAUUGGAGUCCAAGACAACUUUUUUUGUGCUUGCGCGUCUGUGUGUGUGUGUGUGUGUGUGUGUGUGCGUGCGUGCUGAGGAAAUCAUGGGAUUAAUAAUCCGAGUUGGACGCUCUGAAUUUGAAGGAUUAAACAUCGUGGGCACUUCGGCAUGGUUGAGAGAUCGCAAGCGCCAGUCUGCUGGAAAGGGCAAUCGCGAUAAGCGGCAGGCUCUUUAAGGCAACUUUGGCGGCAGGGGGGGGGGGCGAGGAGAUCUGCCCGACCCAUUCCAAAGCCGGGCGCCGUCGCAGCCAAGAGGAUGAGGAUCAAAUACAGCCUACCCGUCGUCUUCUUCGUGGCGCUGGUGAUCAUCGAGAAGGAGAACAACAUCAUCUCCAGGGUGUCGGGUAAACUGGCCUUGAAGCAGACCCCCCCGAUCCAACCCAGCCGAUCCGGCGGCGCCCCGGCCCAGCGCGACGUUUCCGUCCCCCCGGUGGGCGAGCUGACCUCGGCUUUCGCACCGAUGAAGCGGCGCCUGGAGAACUACAGCGACGAGCGGCCAGCGGCGAGCCGCAGGAAGGGCGUCCUCCUUCUGGCCACCACCAGGACCGGUUCUUCCUUCGUGGGCGAGUUUUUUAACCAGCAGGUGGAUGACGUCUUUUACCUGUACGAGCCGCUGUGGCACGUGGAAAAGACGCUGACGCUGGAGACGGGCGGCACCAACGCCACGGCCGCCGCCGGGGCCUACCGCGACGUGCUGCGGGGGCUGUUCCUGUGCGACUUCUCCCCGCUGGAGAGCUUCAUCGACCCCCUCCCCGUGGAUCACGUCACCGCCUCGCUCUUCCGCAGGGAAUCCAGCAGCUCCCUGUGCGGGGAGGCGGUCUGCGGGCCCUUCGUCAAAGGGGUCUUUGAGCGCUACCGCUGCAGGAACAGGCGCUGCGGGCCCCUCAACCUGACGGCGGCGUCCCAGGCGUGUCUGCGCAAGGAGCACCGGGCCAUCAAGUCGGUGCGGGUGCGGCAACUGGAAACGCUGCGUCCCCUGGCCGAGGACCCGCGCCUGGACCUGAGAUUCAUCCAGCUGGUGCGGGAUCCUCGGGCGGUGCUGGCCUCCCGCAUGGUGGCCUUCGCCUCCAAGUACGGCAACUGGAAGCGCUGGGCCGAGAACCGCGACGCGCCCGUCGACGACGACGAUGACGAGGUCAAGAAGCUGAAGAGCAACUGCGACGGCAUCAGGACCUCGGCGCAGGUGGGCCUCGGCCGGCCGGCGUGGCUGCGCGGCCGCUACAUGCUGGUUCGCUACGAGGACGUGGCGCGCUCCCCCGUCAGGAAGGCGGCCCAGAUGUUCCGCUUCGCCGGGAUCCCCUUCGCGCCGCGGGUCAAAGCCUGGAUCCUGGAGAGCACGCGGGCCUCCCAGGAGAGCGCCGGCAUUUACUCCACGCGGAAAAACUCCAGCCAGCAGGCGGAGAAGUGGCGCUUCACCUUGCCCUUCGAGAUCGUGCGGGUGGUCCAGAAGGUCUGCGGGCCCACCCUCAAACUCUUCGGCUACAAAUUGGUCACGAGCGAAGAGAUGCUCACAGACAAGUCCGUCAGCUUGAUAGAAGAUUUUUGGUAGGUCCCGACGGCCACCGGACCAUAUUUAUUCGCCCCCUUUUCUCGUUCGGAUAUUUAACGCCUUUGUUGGAUUAUUUCAUAGCCGCGGGAGAGAUGAAUCGAGUCUCGUUCACAAAUUGCAUCUUUCAAAGCCAGCUCGGCCUGUGAAAAGCUUGCCUUCGUUUGGAUUUUUGUAACGCCAAAACCAGGGGACUCCAAUUUCUGAGCAAACAGGAGCGAUUUAGGGCGAGGGGGAGGCGGUUGGGGGCUGGCGAGUAAACACGAGCGAGCGGGCUCUGGGAACCUCCAGCGACUGUUUACAGCUCCUGAGUUGGAAGUUCCAACGGAAAUGGCGGCCUUGUAGAAAUAAAGACCGAGCAGGAAACUAUUUCCAUCUGUAUCGAGUCAGUCCGUGCUCGUGGACGUUCGUCCCUCCGCUGCAGGUGGAAUGUGCACCCCCCGAACGACUUUCGGGGUCUGCCGGGAGCGGCCGUUUGCGCUCGGGUCGUUUCUUUCAACGUUGCCGGCAAUA